GUUUUUUUUCUCUCUUUUUAUUAGUUGAUCAAGAAAAGAUGUCUUAUUUCUUACCUCAUUUAACCAACGGUUGGCAAGUAGAUCAAGCUAUUCUAUCAGAAGAGGAUCGUGUGGUAGUUAUUCGUUUUGGACAUGAUUGGGAUCCUACUUGUAUGCAAAUGGACGAAAUUCUUUAUAGCAUCGCCGAAAAAGUUAAAAAUUUUGCAGUGAUUUACUUGGUUGAUAUUACAGAAGUACCCGAUUUUAACAAGAUGUAUGAAUUAUAUGAUCCAUGUACUGUGAUGUUCUUCUUCCGUAAUAAGCACAUUAUGAUCGAUUUGGGAACAGGUAACAACAAUAAGAUUAACUGGGCUUUGGAUGAUAAGCAAGAAAUGAUAGACUUGAUUGAGAUCGUCUAUCGUGGUGCAAGAAAAGGAAGAGGUUUAGUGGUGUCACUUAAAGAUUAUUCAACUAAAUACAAGUAUUAAUGAAAGAAAUAAAGCAAUUGUAAUUUUUUUAUUGUCUAUAAUACUACGCGUCAGUUUC